AGGUUGGCGUCAUGGCUGCCCUAGGGAUCACUGUUGCCCUGCUCAUGUGGUUGGCCACACUCCUGUUUGUCACCAUCUGGAAGCAUAUCUACAGCAGCUGGAAGCUACCCCCUGGCCCUUUCCCACUCCCCAUCAUUGGGAAUAUUCUCCAGAUAGAAUUGAAGAACAUUCCUAAAUCCUUCACCAGGCUUGCCGAGCGCUACGGGCCGGUGUUCACACUGUACUUUGGCCCCCGACGCGUGGUGGUCGUCCACGGCUACAAAGCCGUCCGCGAGGUCCUGCUCCAGCACAAGAACCAGUUUUCCGGCCGCGGAGAGAUUCCCGCCUUCCACCCCCACAAGGACCGCGGAAUCAUUUUCAACAACGGGCCUACCUGGAAAGACACCCGGCGCUUUUCCCUGACCACCCUGAGGGACUACGGGAUGGGGAAGGUGGGCAAUGAGCAGCGGAUCCAGAAGGAGGCCCAUUUUCUGCUGGAGGAACUCAGGAAAACUCAAGGUCAGCCCUUUGACCCCACCUUCGUCCUCGGUGGUGGGCCCUGCAACGUCAUUGCUGACAUCCUUUUCAGCAAGCACUUUGACUACAGUGACAAGACAUGCCUAAGGCUGAUGAACUUGUUCAAUGAGAACUUCUACUUGCUGAGUACCUCCUGGCUCCAGCUCUACAACAAUUUAUCCUGCUACGUGCACUACUUGCCUGGGAGUCACAGGAAGGUCUUGAAGAAUGUGUCUGAAAUCAAGCAGUACGCAUUAGAGCAAGUGAAGGAGCAGCAUGCUUCGCUGGACCCCAGCCAUCCCCGGAAUUUCACUGACUGCCUUCUCAUCGAGAUGGAAAAGGAAAAUCAGAGUGCGGAGCUCGGGCACACACUGGAGGACGCUGCUGUGACCGUGGCCGACUUGUUUUUUGCUGGGACAGAGACCACUAGCACCACCCUGAGAUAUGGGCUCCUUAUCCUCAUGAAGUACCCUGAAAUUGAAGAGAAACUUCAUGAAGAAAUUGACAGGGUGAUUGGGCCAAGCAGAAUUCCUGCUGUCAAGGAUAGACUACAGAUGCCCUACAUGGAUGCUGUGGUGCAUGAAAUCCAGCGAUUCAUCAACCUUGUGCCCUCCAACCUACCCCAUGAAACCACUCAGGACACAAUAUUCAGAGGAUAUGUCAUCCCCAAGGGCACUGUAGUUAUUCCAACUCUGGACUCUGUCUUGUUUGAUGCCCACGAAUUCCCUGAUCCAUACACAUUUAAACCAGAGCAUUUUCUGAAUGAGAAUGGAAAAUUCAAAUACAGUGACUACUUCAAAGCAUUCUCUGCAGGAAAACGAGUAUGUGUCGGAGAAGGCCUGGCUCGUAUGGAACUGUUCCUCUUCUUGUCCGCCAUUUUGCAGCAUUUUAAUUUGAAGUCUCUUGUUAAUCCAAAGGACAUUGAUCUCAAUCCCACUGUGAUCGGGUUUGGCUGUAUCCCACCACAUUACAAGCUCUGUGUUAUCCCUCGCUCAUAAUGUACAGAAGACACACACUGAAUAAUGAAGGUCUGUAACCCAGGUGGCUGCAGUAGUCUCCUGCUCUCCCCACCCACAGUGACACACAGGCAGCAUUUCUGUUCACAUUAUGUCCAUUGAGAGCAAUCAGGGCCCCACAUAUGAACUAAAUGAGUCCAGUCUGUUGCUUUCCUGUAUCCCAGCUUUGAGACAGAAUUAAAAGCAAAGUUCAAAAAAAGUUUUAAAUAAUUAAACUCAAUAAUGAAUUAGACUUAUCUAUGUUGGAGAAUCUAGAAACAAUGGUAAUUAUGAAUUUACCAUUUUAAGGUAAGCUAACUUCUUCUAAAAAACUAGAACUUUCCAGUCACUAGAGGAAUAUCUAUCAUAAAGAAACCACAAAAAAGAAAAUGGUGUAUGGGGAAACAGGGAAGAAAUAGACACCUUUCACAGGAUUUUUUAGCCUUGCCAGAAACACUUCCCAUCAAACUCCCUUUGGAUCAUUCAGAGCUAGAUCUUAAGAUUAAAAUAGAUCUGAACACUCA